AUGGCCGACGCCCCGAGCUCAGUGUGGAUGUACAGUCCAUCCUUCGCCGUCGCCGUCCUCGCCACCAUUCUCUACGGCCUCGUCUUCCUUGCCAUCUUCUACCUUACCUUCAUCAAGUACCGCGCCUGGUUCUUCACCUGCGUGGUCAUCGGCGCCGCCAUCGAAGUAGCUGGCUACGCCCUCCGCUGCUAUUCCGUCAAGAACCCAACCGAUGUCGGCCCCUUCGCAGCGACGCUCUCGCUCAUCGUGCUCGCCCCCGUCUUCAUCGCAGCGGGUAACUACCUGCUCAUCGGCCGGCUGAUCCGUGCCGUGCUGGACCCGGUCCGGACGGGACACCGCGUGUUUGGCGUUCCGGGCCGCCUGCUCACGCGCAUCUUUGUCACCAUCGACGUCGUUUCCUUCUUCGUGCAGGCGGCCGGCUCCGGCGUGGCCAGCUCGGUCGAGUGGGUCGGUAGCACGGCCGACGUGGGCGUGAAUAUCCUCAUUGGCGGGCUGGUGCUUCAGGCGGCCGCGUUUGGCUUCUUCUUGGGGAUUCUGUCGCGGUUUUAUUACUUGGCGAAGAGGAAGGGCGCUGUUGACCUGGGGGCGCCGGCGGGGUGGGAGAAUGUGGUGGCUGCGGUAUAUGUCUCGUCGAUUCUGAUCAUGAUCCGCUGCAUCUACCGCAUCGCCGAGUUUGCCGAGGGCGUUGACGGAUAUGCCUUCCGGCAUGAGUGGAUCUUCUGGAUUUUCGAGGCGGUGCCGAUGAUUGUUGCCAUCGGUGCGUUUUGUUUCAGGCAUCCCAGCGCCUAUCUGGGCCGCGAUGGAGCGAGGUCGAGGAUCCGUGGCAAGUCUGGAGAGACGGCUGACGUGGAGGAGGCUGCUACUGAGCUCCGCAGAAGCCACCACAGCCGUCGUCCCAGCCACCACUCUCACCACAGUCGUCGCAGCCGUCACUGA